AUGAAUGGGUCGCUAAUAACAUCUUCUGGAACUCCACAGCGACUCCAGCUCUCUAUCAAGGCCGAACUCGAGAAUGUCACCGAUCUCGUUCCAUCAGAGGCAGACGGGCCGUUCGAAUAUCAUUUCCAGGUGAAGUGCAACAGUUGUAACGAAAUUCACCCCAAUCUUGUUACUGUCAACAUGCAUGAAGAACACGACCUCACCGGAUCUCGAGGCAGUGCGCACUUCGUCUGGUCCUGCAAGUUCUGCAAACGCGAGUCCUCUGCCAAAUUCGAACCGGGGACGAAACCCCGUCCGUAUACGGCUGACGACUCGCCUAAUUUCGCACCGUUGAUCACGCUGGACUGCAGAGGACUAGAGUUCACAGGGUUUAGCCCACAGGGAACUUGGGAGUGCAAGGGAACAGACAGCGGGACAAAGUUCGGGGAGAUCGAGUUGGGAGAAGGCGAGUGGACGGAUUAUGACGAGAAGGCGAAGCUAUCCGUGAGCAUCAUGGAGAUCGAGAGCAAAUGGGCUCGAGCGCCGUAACAUAUAAGCCGUCUCACUGUAGUGUCAUGAUGGAAAGGCCAUCCAGGGGUUGAUGGGUACACAGAAGAGCACGGCACUCGCCAAUGUGUAAUUAUAAAUU